AUGUCUCCCCGCGUCAAACUUGCACAGAAGCACCAUGAGAAGAUGCUCCCCAGCGUCAAUCUCGCACAGAAGCCCCACGAGAAGAACCCCCCCCCCAGCGUCAAUCUCGCACUGAAGCACUAUGAGAAGAUCCCCCCCUGCGUCAAUCUUGCACAGAAGCACCACGAGAAGACGUUCUCCUGCCUCGAGCACGUGCAGUGCUGGUUCGUCAGCGCAACAGACAUCGGCUGCACGAAUAUCGACCACGCAAGCACUUCAGCCAGCGGCACCAAGGCAUUCUACUAG